AUGUUGAUAGUGAAUUUUUUAAAAGCCGCAUCGCGAGCCCGCGCCGCGCUCGGGCAGCAGAAGGGCCUGCUGCAGCUGUGGACGCGCUCGGGCUCGCUGCGCCGCGCGGCGUGCGCGCCCGAGUCGCUCUCGGCGCUCGCCGUGCGCGACGACGGCCGGUUCGUCGGCGUCGGCACCAUGUUCAGCGGCUCCGUCGACAUCUACGUCGCCUUCAGUCUGCAGAAGCUAGCUAGGACAAAAAGGCCUCCCCUAAGUGUCGCGGGCACCGCACGGUCAGCAUCGCGAGCCCGCGCCGCGCUCGGGCAGCAGAAGGGCCUGCUGCAGCUGUGGACGCGCUCGGGCUCGCUGCGCCGCGCGGCGUGCGCGCUCGAGUCGCUCUCGGCGCUCGCCGUGCGCGACGACGGCCGGUUCGUCGGCGUCGGCACCAUGUUCAGCGGCUCCGUCGACAUCUACGUCGCCUUCAGUCUGCAGUGUCGCGGGUACCGCACGGUCACCAUCUUGAGCCCGCCGAAGCAGAAGGGCCUGCUGCAGCUGUGGACGCGCUCGGGCUCGCUGCGCCGCGCGGCGUGCGCGCCCGAGUCGCUCUCGGCGCUCGCCGUGCGCGACGACGGCCGGUUCGUCGGCGUCGGCACCAUGUUCAGCGGCUCCGUCGACAUCUACGUCGCCUUCAGUCUGCAGGUGAGGCGUUGA